AGCACUACAUCCCUAGGAAGAAGUCAGAUGAUGGGGGGGCCCUGCAUGCCCCUGGCUCCGUCAUACAGAAGGAAAAUAACAAGAAUGACAAGAAGAUCCUGGAACUCAUGUCCAACAUCAUCCAGCUGCUGACUGGAGAGGUUGCCAUAAGGACUGGUCAUGUUUCCAUCUAUUUUUCCUUGGACGAGUGGGACUAUAUAAAAGGAAACAAGGACCUUUAUGAGGAAGGGAUAAAGGAGGAGCCUCAGCAGCCCCUCUCACCGGACUGUGAAUAUGAAGAUAAAAGCGAUAUUACAGCUGAUCUGGGAGGAACAUUAUAUUCUUAUAAUGAGCCAAGCAAGAUUAGGGCUGAAGGAGGAGAUUUUUGUGCCAAUGGAAAUCCCACAAACCCUGAAAUUUCUCCAAUGAAACAGCCCCCACCAGCCAAUGGGAUUAAAGAAGAAGUGGCUUCAUGUGACGGGGGUAGGCAAUCAGAUUGCAGCAUUAAUCCACUUACAGAACAGAUACAGGGAACAGAUAUCCCUACUCCUAUCAUGGGAUACAACCACUUAAUAAUUCAGGCUAUUAAAGAUAAUGAAAAUACGUCCCCCCACGAAUCUCGCUUUGAUAGGCACCAUACAACCCAUACAACAGAGAAACAGUUUUCUCAUCACAUAAAUCUUCAUAAUGAUCUUAGCAUUCAUACAGGUAAGAAACCUUUUCCUUGUUCUGAAUGUGGGAAAUGUUUUGCCGGAUCAUCAGAACUUAAUGUUCAUCGACGAACCCACACGAGAGUGAAACCUUUUUCUUGUUCUCAGUGUGGGAAAUGUUUUUCAAAUCAAACCAAACUAAAAUAUCAUCAUAGAACCCACACAGGGGAAAAACCUUUUUCUUGCUCUGAAUGUGGGAAAUGUUUCUCAACUCCUCAUGUCCGUGCUCGUCAUCAAAAGACUCACACAGGGGAGAAACCAUUUCCUUGUUCUGAAUGUGGGAAAUGUUUUGCCAGAUCAUCAGAUGUUACUGUCCAUCGACGAACCCACACGGGAGAGAAACCUUAUUCUUGUUCUCAAUGUGGAAAAUGUUUUACCAGAUCAUCAGACCUUAAUGUCCAUCGACGAACCCACACGGGAGAGAAACCUUAUUCUUGCUCUCACUGUGGAAAGUGUUUUACUACUUCAUCAGAACUUAAUGUCCAUCGAAGAACCCACACGGGAGAGAAACCUUAUUCUUGUUCUGAAUGUGGGAAAAGUUUUCCCACUUCAUCAGAAUUUACUUCCCAUUGGAAAACCCACAUGGAAGAAAAACCUUUUUCUUGUGUUCAAUGUGGGAAAUGUUUUUCAAAAGACACUCACCUUAAAUAUCAUUACAGAACUCACACAGGGGAGAAACCUUUCUCUUGUUUUGAGUGUGGGAAAUGUUUUACACAUAACGGUAGUCUUAAAGUACAUUUAAAAAUACACAAAAGAGAAGCAGAUUUUUGUUCCAAAGGAAAUCUCACAAACCCGGAAAUUUCUCCAGUGGAACAUUACCCACCAACCAAUGAGAUUAAAGAGGAGGCCACUUCAUGGGAAGAGGGAAAUCGAUCAGAUUACAGCAUUAAUUCACUUACAGAACAGAUACAGGGACCAUAUACACCUACUCCUAUCAUGGAAUACAACCACUUAAUAAUGCAGGAUAAUAAAUAUGAUGUAAAUGCCUGUAAUUCACCCCUACAGGAAACAGAUGUAACAAAACAGGCUCUUCACAAAAGAGACAUUGAUAGACGCCAAAGAACUCAACUUAAAUAUGAUCACAGAACCAACACAGGGGAUAAACCAUUAUCUUGCUCUGAAUGUGGAAAAUGUUUCUCAACUUAUCAUGUCCUUGCUCGUCAUCAAAAGACUCACACAGGGGAGAAACCAUUUUCUUGUUCUGAAUGUGAGAAAUGUUAUGCCAGAUCAUCAGACCUUAAUGUCCAUCGACGAACCCACACGGGAGAGAAACCUUAUUCUUGUUCUGAAUGUGGGAAAUGUUUUACCAGAUCAUCAGACUUUAAUGUCCAUCGACGAACCCACACAGGAGAGAAACCUUAUUCUUGCUCUGAAUGUGGGAGAUGUUUUCCCACUUCAUCAGUACUUACUUCCCAUUGGAGAACCCACACAGGAGAGAAACCUUUUUCUUGUACUGAAUGUGGGAAAUGUUUUUCAAGAGAAACAUACCUUAAAUAUCAUCACAGAACCCACACAGGGGAGAAACCAUUCUCUUGUUCUGAAUGUGGGAAAUGUUUUACAUGUAACAGUAGUCUUAAAGUACAUUUUCAACUACACAAACGAGGAAAACCAUAAGUUUGUUCUCAAUGUGUGAAAUGUUUGUACAAAUCAGGCAUUUGUUUGGUAUUGAUUAUAUGUUUAUAUGCUCAAAGCACAUCACACAAAAGUUAGAGCACUCAAACCCCCUCUGCCAGUUCUUUUUAAAAAAAAAAAAAACAGUACGAAAUUGUGAUGCACGUGUGGGGCAAUUUUAUACGCCUACUUUCGUUUAAUUUUAUACGCCAACUUUCGUUUAAAUUAUUAUAAGGUAAUUUCCCCAAUAGACAAUUUGGUUCGGUGAAUUGGUGUAAGUACAGUGUGUAUUUUCUUUGCCUGAACAAAUGCUUAAAAAUCCUUGGGGGUGAGGUUUCUAAUGAAUAUGAUAAAUACAAUGAGCUGAAUCUGAA